GCGUGAUGUAAACAGAAAUCGCGGAUAACUAUGAAAUUUGGCUGCAUGAUCUUAAAUUUAGCCAAUUCAGUUAGACGAUUUGCCGCCAUCUUAUCUAUUGGCGAAAGUAUCUCAAGCUUGGCGAUCUCUCAGCUCAUCGAAAAAUAGCCAUAAAUGUAAUCGAAUAGAUUAAAUUGAUAUAGCCUGAACUAUCUGAAAAAGGAAAUAAAUUUUGAAAGUAGCGACCUUUUGAACAACAUGAGCCAUGCAGAUUUGAUAACUUGGCUUUUGGAGAUAUCGAAUCUGAAUGGGAGAAAGCUUGUGUGUUCUUCAGUGUCAACCAGGACUUGAUUCUGACUUUACUUGGAUGAAAAAAAUAUUAUUUCUUGUGGAAAUAGUGUCAAGAUUUCAACUACGUGGAGAAAAAUUUAUUCAUAGUCUUAAUUAUGCAAGCUGAUAUUAAUCCAGGAAAUACAUACUAUAUGAGCAAUGUGUCCAUGAAAGAAUACAUUAAAAAAGCAAAUGCUGAUUUUAAUUAUGGGCAUGUUGAAAUUGAGACUACCACAAAUGAAAAACCUUUCCAUUGUGAUGUGUGUAGUAAAGCAUUUUCUCAAAAAUGUAGACUAAAUAACCAUUCCAUUAUUCAUAAAAAUGUAAAGUCGUUUAUUUGUGAUGUAUGUCACAAGGCAUUUUACAAGAAAGGAAAUUUAAAGGCACAUUAUCGUACUCAUGCAAAUAAGAAACCUUUGCUUUGUGAUAUAUGUGGUAAGAUAUUUUUUCACAUGGGAUUUUACAAGAAACAUAAACUUACUCAUGUAAAUGAAAAUGUUUGUGAUAUGUGUAAUAAAGUGUUUACUUACAAAAGUGCUUUAGAGAAACACUAUGUUAUUCAUACAAAUGAAAAAUCUUUUGUUUGUGAUAUUUGUUGCAGAGCAUUUUCUCAAAAAGGUAAUCUGCAUGUACAUUAUCGCACUCAUACAAAUGAAAAACGUUUCAUUUGUGAUAUAUGUGAUAAGCAAUUUUCUUACAAGGAUGCUUUAAAUGCACAUUAUCGUGUUCAUACAAAUGAAAAACCUUUUGUUUGUGAUGUGUGUGCUAAAGCAUUUUCUCGCAAAGGUACUUUAAGCAAACAUUAUAUUACUCAUAAAAAUUUAAAACCUUUUCUUUGUGACACUUGUGGUAAAGCAUUUGCUCAAAAGAGUAAUUUAAAUGCACAUCAUCGAACUCAUAUAAACGAAAAACCAUUUGCUUGUAUUGUAUGUGCGAAAACAUUUUCUUACAAAGAUGCUUUAAAGAAACAUUACCUUACUCAUACAGAUGAAAAACCUUUUGUGUGUGAUAAAUGUGAUAAGUCAUUUUCUCGGAAAGAUACAUUAGAAACACAUUACCGUAUUCAUACAAAAGAGAAACCUUUUGUCUGUGAUAUUUGUGGCAAGGCAUUUACUCAGAGAGGUCAUUUAGAUGCACAUUAUCGAACUCAUCCAAAUAAAAAAACCUAGUUUAU